UUUGUUUGUUUGUUUGUUUUAAUUUGUUUUUAACACUAAAGAAGUGUUUCCGAAUGCUGAAGUGUUUGGAAACAUUUACUGCUUUACGCUUCUCAGAACAAGAACAGGAUGUCAUAUUGACGCUGUGGUGUUGAAAUCAGACUGCACUUCAGUGAUGCUGCCUGCCGUCCGCGCUGGUGUUUGUAAAGCUGCUCAAACAUGUAGCACAAAGGUUUUUAUUAAUAAAUCCAGGGUACAUCCACUUAAGAGACUCCUCAGCAGCUGUGAUGGGGUCACAGGCAGACUGGCUGAUGCUGAAACCAUCUUUGCCUUGUCAUCAGGUCACGGCAGGUGUGGCGUGGCUGUGGUACGGGUCAGUGGUCCUGCCUCAGGUACAGUGCUGAGCUGUAUGGUUGGAUUCACCAGGAGUUUGCCUCCUCCUCGUACCGCUUUGUUACACAGCAUCAGAGACCCCCUGUCCAAAGAAGUGCUGGACCGUGGACUUAUCCUGUGGUUCCCAGCCCCUCACAGUUUCACAGGAGAGGACAGUGUGGAGUUUCAUAUCCAUGGUGGUCCUGCCGUUAUCACUGCAGUAUUACAGGCAUUAGGAAGCGUGCCUGGCAUGAGGCCAGCUGAACCUGGAGAGUUUACGCGGAGGGCCUUCCACGCAGGAAAACUGGGCCUAACAGAGGUAGAAGGGCUCGGGGAUCUGAUCCAUGCUGAGACAGAAGCUCAGAGGAGGCAGGCUCUCAGGCAGAUGUCAGGAGAACUCGGACGUCUUUAUCAGGACUGGAGUCACAAAAUGAAACGGUGUCUGGCGCACAUUGAGGCUUUCAUCGACUUCAGUGAAGAUGAGCUAAUUGAGGAUGGGAUCUUAAACCAAGUGGACAGAUCAUUGUGUGAGCUGCAAUCGGCGAUUGAGCAACACCUGAAGGAUGAACGGAGGGGCGAGCGACUACGCAGUGGAGUCCAGGUGGUCAUCGCAGGUGCAACAAACGCAGGGAAAAGUAGCCUUCUGAAUAUGCUGUGUCAGAGGCCAGCAGCCAUUGUGUCUCCCAUUGCUGGGACCACCCGAGAUGUAGUUGAGACUGCACUGGACAUUGGUGGUUUCCCUGUUGUCUUGAGUGACACAGCUGGGCUCAGAGAAAGCCCAGACCUGGUGGAGAGGGAGGGGGUCCGCAGAGCUCGGGAAAGGUUGGAGCAGGCUGAUCUGACCCUGGUUGUUGUAGACUGUGCUCACCUUCCCCCUGAUCCUCACAACACUGAAGCUUUCCUUCGGCAUCACCUCUGUGAUGUCCUGUCCACAACAGAGCAAACUCGUGCAGUGUUUUCCACAGACAGGUGUCUGCUGGUGUUGAAUAAGACUGACCUAUUGCCUGAAGAGCGCAGACAAAUGCUGGACGCUGAGCUGACACAGGCUUCUGGACUCCCUCCUGUCUGUCUGAUCUCAUGCCACACAAAUGACGGCCUGAAAAACUUCCUGACGGCGCUGCACAACAGCGUUAAGACUCUGUGUGGCGACCCUCUGGGCGGUGCUCCCAGCCUGACCCAAGCCCGCCACAGGGCCCACCUCCAGCAAUGUGUUGCAGCUUUUGCUCAGUACCACCGAUACCGCAACACCGACCUCGCCUUGGCAGCUGAAGGUGUCCGUUUGGCUCUCACCUGCAUUGGCCGAAUCACUGGACGGGUUGGGGCAGAAGAAAUCUUAGAUAUCAUCUUCAAAGACUUCUGCAUUGGCAAAUAGCCAUGUGAAAAUACACAUUUAAUGAUGUCCUACUUAAAAGAGACGCUCUGGUAUGAUUACAGACAAUCAGUACCAAUACAAGUGGAACAAAAGGGCACAGCCCCAGCUUUGUGCCAGCCAUCGAGGCAUAACAAAAAAAACAAAAACAAAAAUCACGUUUUUGGCUCAAAAACAUUCUGGUCCCAAAUUCCAGGAAUGUUUGUUUUGUUGCUGCUCUUUGACAGAAUGAUAAUGCUUGAGCUGUGAUGACAGGUGCCUCAGAGGUCCAGUAUUCACAAGACAAGUGUUUCGCAAUACCUGAAUAAUAAAAAUGCUUUGCAAAAGCCUUU